AUGUAAAAUCAAUAAUUUGGAAGUGAUGCUAAAGCUUAUAAAGAAUAAGCUCAAUAAAGAAAAUAAUAAAAAAUAGAAAAACUAUGGAAUGAAAUUGAACAUAAUCCAGAAUUAAAGCCUGUAAUUUUUUAUUUUUGAUUCUAGCAAUUUCUUUAAUUGAAAAAAAAAAUAGCAACUUCUCAUAAAAAGAGAGAAGAAACUACUGGAAUGAUUAUGAGUAUGAAAGAAGAAUAUAAUCAAUUAAAAGGUGAUAUCAAAGAGUUUUUAAAAAAAUAAAACAAAAUCAAGUCGGUCAACAAUCCUGCUAAUAAUAAAUGA